GCUAAGCGGACAAGUGGCCUAACCCACAAAAUAGCAAUAUUGAGAUAUGAGCCUUAGAAUAUCUCUAACACUCUAUUCUAAAUACUGCAUAUCGACCCAAGCCACCUUUUCCAUUUUUCUGAUAGAUAGCAGCACUAGUUUGUUUGUUUAUUAUUGGUCUUUGAGUCAGCUGCAAACUGAAUAGUGGCCCAAGCCACAGCCGUGUGGCCUAACCCACAUUCUGUUCCAUUGUUGUGGCUUGAGCCAUUUGUUUGUUUACUUUCAUGUUUGUUUUGGUUAAAAGCAUUCCACUUGAAACUUACAAAUUGUAUUGAUACGGUUGUUUCACAAGUACCUAUUCCAACGAACCAUGAAUGAAGAUUUGGAGAGUUCGUCUGAGGAAGAGCUAUUCCCAGAUACAUAUUCCUCGUCUUCUUACGCCCCUUCAGAAGAUGAAGAUUCUGAAACUGAGACACCCAAAAAUCGACAUAUGUUGAAGUGCGCUGAGAAGACUUCGCAUGGAGAGACAACAAACACAGUUCCAAUAUUUGCUGCACCUAUAGAGCGGGUCAGUCGACAACAAAAUCUUUGCUGGAUGCAUCUUCAGGCCGUCAUGCGCCAGGGCCAUCAUGCGCCAGGGCCGUCGUGCGCCAGGUUCGAUGAUGUGAGCUGACACUGGCUGCUGGUCUGUUGUAUGAGUUCAGGUUUUGAGAAUGCCCCAAUGAAGGAGCCAAAUUGGCGAGCGGCAUUGGGGCGAAAUGCGUGGUGUGACCAGAAUCUGACUGCUGGUGUAUUGGCAUUGUGCCGUAAGGCGAGGACAAGGACGAAGACGGCUACAAUGAGGACUCGAAGACCACAAGGAGUUGGUCCUCACUCACCUUUCUCCUGUUCAAAGUCCAUCAACAAGUGGUGAAAUGCCGGAACUACUUGUGGUUCUCGAAGACAAGAGACGGGAAAAGCCAGAGCACAAUCCCCCAAUAGAAAAUUCUCUUCCUGUCUAACUUUCCUAAGCUAGCAAUGAAGAGAAAAGCGGCAUUUCUGUUCCUUUAAAAAAGAAGUAUGUGAUUGCCGCUACUCAUGAAACUUAUCAACUAUGUAAAUUUCACAUACUUUCUGUUAACCUUUAACCUUUUAAACUUAAAACAAAUCUUGAAAAGUUUUGGAAUUUGUUUUUAAUUUUGAGUUUAUUCAAACUUUAGAUACAGUAAACAGAUAUUUUAUUCUAUAAACUAAAAUUUAUAUUGGAAAAUAUGUAAUAAUUUACAAGUGAAAAUAAAUAUCUUCA